CGUGGAGGUCCCAAACCAUUGUUGUGCUCUGAGCUCGUCUUCUUCCUCCAAAAAACCGAACAGUGGGCAGUGAGAAGAGAGGAAAGGGCAUAGAAAAGUAGGGAGAAAAAGACUGCGAUUUCGUGGGAGGAGGAGAGGAGCAACUCCACCGCGCGCGCUUCGCACCGCAUUGCAUUUUUCCGUUGUACCUGUGCUGCUCCUGGCCUCCACGCGCUGGGCGUUUCUGGCGGCGGCGACGGUUUGGUUUUCUGGGUGGUUUUCCUUUUCAGCUGCGAGCGAAUCCCUGAUGCUGCAGCUCUCGCUCUCCCUCUCUCCCUGCUGUUGGUUCAAAGGAGUUUCAGAGUUCAGAUCAGGAGUUCAGGACGGUGAAGGUGACAGGAGAACUAGAUUAGCUAAAGGUACAUGCGUAUAAAAGAAAAAGAAAAUCUCCCGUCCCGUUCCCGUCGUCGUGUCCGCUCCUUGCGCCAAGACGAGAGGCGCCGAUCUCCAUCCGGGGAGGAGAGCUGGGGAGGGGAGGGGAUCUUGGCAUAAAGCACUUCACCUGAGAUGAUGUAGCAACCUCUCAUCUCAACUGAUUCUCUAUACAGUAAUCUUCAAGAUGGAACAGAUUUCACUUGGGCAUCGGUACAAGGAGUGCAGGCCACGAAGAAAUAACAGCCCAACCAAAAUUCUUGUUGGGAAGGAUCUAUUGAAGGAAUUGGAGCACAGGAGAUCGUCACCUAGUGUGAUUGCAAAACUGAUGGGAAUUGAUGUAUUGCCACCUGCUUAUGUAACCCACAAUCGGCACCAAGAUUUCAAGGACGUCUUUGAAGUGUCAGAGGAACCACAGGAGGCUAUCGUGAAAGAGAGGUCCCAUCAUUUCCCUAAAGGAUUGCCAAGCUUGAAACGAAGUGCAUUAAAGUUAAAGAAGCUUAUGCCAUCGAUGUCUCCCUAUGGCGAUGGACCAUUCGAUAACAAUGUAGUGUGCCGAGAUGGCUUUGAUCGCCUAAACUCGCUAGAGAUAAACAAUCCUUUGUUUGAGAAGCGCCCCCAUGACAUGAAUUAUUCCGCAAAGCAUCAAUAUGAGAAAGAGACUUCAAGUACUUUCAGGAAGUACCCUGCUGGCUUAGGUAAUACUUCACUUAAAGAUAUUAGAAAUUCAUCAAGAGGAAAGCUUGAAGAUUUCAAUAGCAUUGUUGUUUUGGAGCCAGGCUUAGGGAAAGUCCAAGAGUCGGGGAAAGCCUUUUGUACGCCAGACCCCUCUCACAUCAAUAAGAAUUUCAGGAGAGAGAUGCAGCAGGCUGAUUUUUCUUUGCAGAAUAGAGGGAGGGUUUCACCAAAUCUUUUAGACACUGAAGAUGUUGAUGUGUCUAGAAUAAAACGAGAAAGAUACUUGAGUAGGAAUGCCGUAGAUUCACUGUUAGAAGGAAAGGAGUCAUCAUUUGAUCAUCAUAACGUACCGGAUACGAGUAGUUCUGGAUCAUCUCAGAACUGUGUUAGUGGUGAAGUUAACUCCAGACAAAGCAACAGGCCAUCAUCAAAUAGCUCACCCAGGAAAAACCGUCAGAAGUAUGAGGAAGGCAGUGUUGGUUCGAAAACUCUUGCAGAGAUGUUUGCCUUAUCUGAUUCAGAGAGGCUAAAGAGAGAUUCCGACUCACAUGCGCAGAUUCGACACAAUAAACUUAACCGGGGCAACAGCAAUGGCAAGGAAGGAUGCUUCAUAGUUUUGCCAAAGCAUGCACCUCGAUUGCAUCCUCACAGUUCAUUGGACAAGAAUUCCCCUCACAGUAAUUUUAUCCCAAAUACAUCAAAUACUUACCACAGUGGUCAGUCUCACUUCAACUCUUUCUGCGAUAUAUCAAGACUGCAGCAAAUUGGAAGUCCCAGCCAAGAUAACUUGAGGAAUGCUUGUGCGAAACAUCAGACCUUGCGGCAACAUAGAUCUGCUUCCCCUUCUCAUGAUAAUCGAAACCAUUCGCGGUGUUCAACUGACAACUUUUCAACGUUUGACUGCAUAAAUGAGAAAAUAUUGUUCACAACAGAUGAGGACUUGGUGAAAAAACCUGCUGAAACUGUACAUUCUUCAUUUGAAUCAUGUGGGGAAGAAAAGGUUUCAGCAUCACCUUUCAAUUGCCGUGAUUAUGAAUCAAUAACUGUUUCUGAUCAUAGUUAUGUGGCAAAGUCUCAUAAAAGCUUGAAAGAGGUUGGGCAACCAAGCCCAGUGUCCAUUCUUGAGCCUCCAACUGAUGAAGACAGUUGUUGUUCCGGAUACUUCAAGUGUAACUUACAAGACAUGCCUAAUGUCGAGAAACUAAUUGAUGACUGUGAGCUCCGAUAUGAACAAGUAUCCUUGUCAAGUGAUGAUGACAGUGGUUCUUCUUACCGGUCUCUGGAAGCUUUUCAGGUUGAGGAGGAAAGGGGCUUCUCGUAUCUCCUUGACAUGCUUAUAAACUCUGGUAUGAUAGUCGCUGACUCACAGCUCUUGUGCAAGUCAUGGCACUCGCCUGGUUGCCCUGUUGGACCUCAGGUCUUCGACAGGCUUGAGAGGAAGUACAAUAAGAUAUCUGCAUGGCCAAGACCAGAAAGGAGGCUUCUGUUUGAUCUUGCAAAUACUGUUCUUUCUGAGAUCCUUGCACCAUGGAAAUCCAGUAGACGGUGUUGUCCUGUUUGGGGCCCUGAAGGGCCUGUUGAGGUGGUUUGGCAAACAAUGGUCAGGCGGCAGGAAGAGCUUGCAGUAGGACAUCCUGAUGACAAAGUUCUUGAUCCAGAAUGGCUGGAAGUUGGUGAGGACAUCAAUACGGUGGGAAAGCAGAUAGCCAAGAUGUUACAUGGUGAUCUCUUGGAUGAAAUUAUAUUGGAGUUCCUCUCAGGAUGUGUUGCUUCAUGAGGAAAAUUAGUUUCUACUUCGUGCUACAUCAAUACUAACAGUACUCGAGUUCAAUGGCAUUACUGCAAAGCCAGAGUUUUGCCUGAAGAAACUUGAACCACAUUGUUCGGUGCCAGUAACAGCGUUUCAAAGUGCACAUAUGUUGCCCUUUUCUGGUCCAUAUGAUAGAGGCUCUGUUUGACAUUUCAUUACACCUUGGGGCCUUAAUAUACAGGGUCUGAAGGGACAAAAGAUGUAUGCACAUACCUUGACGUGUGUAGAAAUGUGAUCUUUUAGGAUAUCUUUGCUUGUUAUCGGGGUUUCAAACUGUUCAAAAAUCUUAAGGCAAAUGUGUAGCACAUUUUAGAGUAAACUAACAUCUGAAGUCUUGUAAUUUGUUCAGUAUGUAAUCUGCAAUCGCAAAAUAUUUAAACAGGAGAAUAGGUGAAGAACUGACGUGUUUUUUCCCCUCAUUUUUACCCAAA